AUGUCAAAUGCAAACGAUGGUAUAAAUUUAGAGAGAUUGGAGACGAUCGGUGAUAGUUUCUUAAAGUUCGCCAUAACGGCUUAUUUGUACUGCGCCCAUCCGACGGUGCACGAAGGGAAACUCAGCCACAUGAGAAGCAAACAGGUAUCGAACCUGAACCUGUACCGUCUCGGGCGCGGUCGCCGUUUGGGCGCGCGCAUGACCGCCACCAAGUUCGAACCGCACGACAACUGGUUGCCGCCAUGCCAUAGACCACCACAUAACCAACACAACAAGGAACAAAAUCCCGAACAGAACCCGAAUCAUCCCGACGGAGCCGUUGAUAAUUCUGGAUGUUUCAUACCGUACAAUCUCAUCACGCAACACAGUAUACCCGAUAAAUCAAUAGCCGAUUGUGUGGAAGCAUUGAUAGGCGCGUACCUACUGGAAUGCGGACCGCGUGGUGCGUUGUUAUUUAUGUCGUGGCUGGGAAUAAGGGUACUGCCAAGACACGUGUUGCCACUGCCCCCCACGCAUCCGUACGUGAUAGCCGAGGAAAAUCGCACUCAGAAGAAAUCGGACCCGCAACCGGCUAAGACCAAUCACCGCGAGCCGACAGACUCGGAAUCCUCCUGUUCGGAAGAGGAUGAGCCCUGGCAACAGGAAGAAGACGCGCCGCCGGAAGAAGACUGGAGUUGGCCGGAUAGACCAGUGGGGUCUUUACGACCGCACAAGAAUCAACAAGGACAGUGGGUACAGCCAAUAUUCGGUGAGCUGAAGGCGCCACCUUCUCCGUUACUCAGGUACAUCGAAGAUCCAGAAGGAGAACUGGAGAGGAUGCUAUCAGGUUAUGACGCAUUAGAGAGGACUUUGCAGUACAGGUUCAGAGACAGGUCUCUGUUACUUCAAGCUCUCACCCACGCGUCACAUCAGACGAACAGAUUGACGGACUGCUAUCAGAGAUUAGAGUUUUUGGGUGAUGCUGUACUCGAUUAUCUCAUAACUCGCCACUUAUACGAAGACGCCCGCCGUCACUCACCCGGAGCCUUAACAGAUUUGCGUUCGGCUCUAGUCAAUAAUACAAUAUUCGCUACGUUGGCAGCUAGACAUGGAUUUCACAAGUACUUCCGACACAUGUCGCCUGGCCUCAACGAGGUAUUAUCUAAGUACGUAAAGAUACAAGAAGAGAACGGACAUUCGAUAAGCGAAGAGCAUUACUUAAUUCAAGAAGAUGAAAUGGAGCAAGCGGAAGAUGUGGAAGUGCCAAAAGCUUUGGGCGAUCUAUUCGAAUCCGUAGCCGGAGCUAUAUUCCUUGAUUCCGGCAUGUCAUUGGGUGCCGUAUGGAAAUCAUACGUUAACCUGAUGGGUGCUGAACUGGAAGCGUUCAGUGCGGCCGCACCUAAAUCACCAGUACGUGAACUGCUGGAGGCCGAACCGGACACUGCCAAGUUUGGUAAACCGGAACGCCUGGCAGACGGUAGACGUGUACGAGUCUGCGUGGAGGUAUUCGGUCGAGGUGCUUUCAAAGGUGUCGGAAGAAAUUAUCGUAUAGCCAAAGGGACCGCAGCGAGAUGUGCUUUGAGACAUCUAAGAAUACAUAGAGCGAGAUAG